AAAUUUAGCAAAUGAGUCAAUUUGGAUUGUAUAAAAUCCGAACGCGUUCAACUCGGACCGUGAUCAGGUAUAAGGCCAUGUUUGUUUAUAGUUGAUAUGAAACGAAAGAAACAGAGAGGAGCAGCAGCUAUGUCAAAAUCAGAAACACUACGUGCACCCAACAACAUUAUCACUCACAUUCUUCUCUCUUCCAAUUUAAUUAAAUUAAAUUUAGAUUACCAAACACGCACCAAACAUAACUUUAACGUAACAACUACUAAUCCACCUUAAUCUCUCUCCAUUACUACUCUAACCCGCUUUGUACCACCUUAAUUUCUCUCAACUUUCCUCACUAAUAUUUGUCUUGCUGAUUAAUGGAUCUCUUGGAAAUUCAGCCUCGCCAACUCGAGUUUAUCUUUGAACCGAAGAAACCGAGUUCGUGUUCGAUUCAACUGGUUAAUAGAUCUGAUGAUCAGUAUGUUGCCUUCAAGGUGAAGACUACAUCUCCAAAAAAGUAUUGUGUUCGGCCUAACAUAGGCGUUGUUGAGCCGAAUUCAAAAUGUGAAAUUACAGUUAUCAUGCUAGCUCAGAAAGUAGCUCCACCUGAUCUACAUUGCAAAGACAAGUUCCUGGUUCAGAGCACUGUUGUACCCUUACGAACAACUGACGAGGACAUUACAUCUGCCACGUUUUCUACAGAAAAUGGGAAAAACAUUGGAGAGAAGAAGUUGAGAGUUGUUCUUGUUAAUGCAGCCAAUUCCCCAAUUCUGCUUCCAAACAAUAGAGAGCUGAAGAAAGAUCCGUGUUACUGUUAUGACACUUCACUACACAAAGAUAUCGAACCAAAUGGCAUUGAAAACAUACCUCCACCUCAAAAGUUGGAUGAGGGUGUCCUUAAGUCUCAAACUACGAAGAACAUGGAGGAUUUAAAGACAGUUAAGGAUGAGGAGUCAAAACCAGUUGUUGAUGCCGGGGAACUUGAAUCAGUUGAGGAUGCCGUGGAACCAAAGUUGGUUAAGGAUUUUGAAGAAUUGAAAUCAAAGCUAUAUAGAGCAAAUUCAGAACUUCGAGAGGCUGAUCAUAAGAUUACUAAGCUGUCCGAUGAGAGGAACAUAGCCAAUAAAGAGAAGGAUAUGCUCAAACAAGAAAUAGAGGUGUUAAGGAGGACCAAAUUGAAAAGAAUUCAGAUGGGUUUUCCUCUUCUGUACGUGUGUAUGGUUGCUUUAAUCAGCCUCGGAUUUGGAUACAUUAUUCAUCCAUAGAAGGUAGAGUUUUCAUACCUUAGAAUGUUCGAGUUUGUGGUUACAGUCGCACAUAAUUUUUUUCCUUUCUGUUCAUAAUUACUUAUUGAAUUUUUUUAAUAGUUUAUUUGAUGUCUCAUAUAUGAGCUCAUCGAAAUAGCAUAUGUAAAAACAACUAUCUUUGAAAUGAAAGGAUAGCAAUAGCAAUAUAAAACAUGCCUGUAAUCUUCACCAAA